AUGCUGUGUGUGUGGGAGGCUGUGAUUAGUACAGGAUGCUGUGUGUGUGUGGAGGCUGUGAUUAGUACAGGAUGCUGUGUGUGUGUUGAGGCUGUGAUUAGUACAGGAUGCUGUGUGUGUGUGGAGGCUGUGAUUAGUACAGGAUGCUGUGUGUGUGUGGAGGCUGUAAUUAGUACAGGAUGCUGUGUGUGUGUGGAGGCUGUGAUUAGUACAGGAUGCUGUGUGUGUGUGGAGGCUGUGAUUAGUACAGGAUGCUGUGUGUGUGUGGAGGCUGUGAUUAGUACAGGAUGCUGUGUGUGUGGGGAGGCUGUGAUUAGUACAGGAUGCUGUGUGUGUGUGUAUGGAGGCUGUGAUUAG